UCAAUCUUCAAGUAGAUUGACUAUUAUAGAAGGGUUUUUUGCGAGAGUGUCUCUCUAUAUGUUUCUCUAGCUUUUUUAACCCCAAAGAAAAAUGGCUUUUGAUGUAUUUGGGUUAACAUUUAUGCAGUCAAUUAGAUCAUUAUAAAUACGUAUUUGCUAUACAUAUACUAAAUGACACGUUUUACUUGUUAUCUAAAUUACUAUAAAUUUCAAAUACUGAUUUGCAUCAUAAGUACCAUGUUAUCUGGAUUUAUCUCAGAGAUAUAUGAAAGACAAGAUUCAAAGCACCUAAUUGGCUUUAUAAAUGGUUAGUCAAGCUUUUUAGAAUGUUUAUGUGCCAAAUAUUUUCAUAUGAUUCGUGAAAGUUUUGCUUAGACCAUUCAUUGACUAGUUUCUCCUAGUUUCUCGUGUAAUUUGAUGAUAUAUUGAUUUAUAGCUGGACUAAAAGUAAGUAUAUUGGCUCAUAUUAUCAAGUAUUGUUUCAGUUAUGAUGUGAAAAGUUAUACAUCAACAUUGAAAAUGGCUUAGAACCCUUAGAAUCACCAUACAAUCUUUGUAAUUGGAUUUUUGUUUCCUUUGAAGUAAGAAAAAAUUUAUUUAUUAUUCGGUGAAUCUAUUUUUGUAAGUAAGAAAGUCAUCUUCUAGUUUCUUAAGGUAUAUAUUCAUUAUAGUAAGAUUAUAAGCUAUUGUUUAAUAAAGUAUAGCUUGUAUCAUUGCAUUUCUACCUCCUGUUUUUCUACAACCAUUAUUAAUCCUCUCAUAGCCUAUUCUACUAGAGCCUUUAUGCAUAUUCGGAUCACCUCCAAUGAAUAUCAUUUUCCUAGCAGAUGUACUUUAUAGUACUUCAUCCUUCUCUUUCGAAAAUUUAUUUUUUUAAUUAUAUUCUAAUCCAACUUGAGAAGCAUAGGAAUCGAGCGCAGAUAUAAAUUUUUGUAUCGAUUAUUAUUUUACUAGCAAUUAUCAUACAACUAACCCUUUUAAUCACAAUAAUUUUAUCUUUUAAACUUUUCAUCCACUAUUAGCACAACCCACAACCCAGUCCCAAUUGUUAACUUUUCCAACAUAUAAUAACUUAUAACCUUGCCAAAUAUCGUUAGAUUUUUCUCCUUAAUUUUUACCACAAUCAAGUCAAUUGAUGGUGUGUCACAUUGGAGUGGUGUCCUAGGGUUGGUGUCCUAGCUCAUCCUUAUGUUCAUGUGCAAUAGUUUUAAGUUUGUAUAGCACUUAAGGUAAUGUUCGAGCCCAUCCUUAUCUACUUCUCAUCUUAAUCAGGUAGGUCAUAGUAAGGCACGUUCAAGGAAUGCCUAACUAGAAAAAUUCAAAUCUUGAUUCAUAUAUUUAUUUUAUGCUUGAGUUUUACAAUUAGUUGACAGUCUUUUGUCAUUUGGACUAGGGAUCAUUAAUGACGAUGGUAAUAAAAAAACUACAAAAAAAAUAAUGAUAGUAGUAAUGAAUGGAUUGUGUGAUGGAUGGUUACACCAAGGGACCUAGUAGUCAAUAGAAUAGUAGAGGCAAUUCAGGUGCCUCAAAAAUCUGUAGCCUAAUCUCCUCUAAAAAUCCAGUGAUGUCUAUAGAUGGAGGGCAAGUUGACUUCAACAAAGAGUGAAUCAAAUUGAAAACUCCAGCCAAGCAUGGGGUGGCGAGCUCAGAUGAGAAGCAUAAACCUGAGCAGAAAUUGAAACGUGAAAAUUCACAUUAAGGUUUACUUGUUGGAACUCGACACUUCAUAACCACUAAACUGUUGUAUUGUUGUGCUUUUGCCUCUUAUUUAUUUUAAUUAUAUUAAGCAUAAAAGAAUUUUUUAAUUCUAAUGUAGCUAUAUUAAAAUCUAUGAUGUUUUCUUUUAAAUUUCUUAAUUUUUUUGACUUAUUAAUAAUCUUUACCCCAAAUAUAAGUGUAUUAUGAUAAUUAUUUUAUGGUAUGAAAAUAAAUAAAAGUUUUUUAUUUUAUUUUUUAAUUGCAGUACAUUUGGUAUUAUGUCUUUGCUACACACAAGUGAAGCAGUUUAUGAUUCUCCACUGUCAUCUUUGUAUAAUAUACUAAAGUAUUAUUAGGUUAAAAAUCAUCUUAUUAUUUAAAGCACUAAGCAAUGGAUAAUGCAAUAUUUGAGUAAUUUAAAAUAAAUAAGGGAUAUCAUGCCAUGAUCCAAAGGAGCAAAAAAACUUUUGUUUGAGAACUUAUAUGAUAGAAAAUGUCUUUCGCUCAUCGUCAAGCAUUAUGUGUGCAUUGAUUGCUAUCAACUGUUUUCUUUCAUUUUGUCACGAUCCGACCCGAUAAGUUCAAAUUAACGAGGCAGGGUACUAUAAAAGAAUAAUUUUAUUAGGAAUUAUUUAAUAAAUGCUAAUAUACUCAUUUAUUUAUAUGUACUCCUAUACAUGAAAGAGAUAAAAAAUAAACUUCAGAAUUUUAUCAAAACAAUUUUGAUGUUUUUGGGAUGUGCAAAAAAUGAGUUAUAUUUUUUUAGGAUUAAAUUUUCAUAUCGUCUUGUUGAAAUUUUGGAUAUUGUAUUUACAUACUUUUUUAUGUGCCAGAUGGAUUAGAAAAUAUAUAAUUUAUACUCCUACAUGAGCUGUCUUGUUUUGAUAUCGUGUUGUGAUGAGGACAUCAGUAGGAGAUUUUGGCGCGUUUAUCAGAGGAGGCAUCGUAGAUCGAUGGCCACGAUUGGGAGCCUUUAUUUUUGAAGCAUUUUAUGUAUUGUUUAUUUUAUAUUUUAGUUUUUCCUAUUUUACCCCUAUGGGUCGUUAGUCAUUUUCUUGAUGUUGUAGUCCUGAGGGCACUUUAGUCAUUUUCUUUUUGUCAUGUUGAGGCAUAUAUAUAAGGGCCCCCUCUAUUGUAUUUUGAGGAUGAUUUUGAUGAAUGAAAUUCUAGCUUUUGUCUUCUUCAAUGUUGUGAGCUUUGAGAGAAGAAAGAGAACCCUAGGUGAGAGUGAUUGCAAUACCUGUCAGUCUUCGGAAGAGUCUAAGGCUCGAGACUUAUCUCUACAUUCCUUCCCUGCUUCCACCACCAACCACCCUUCAUAGCCCAACCAAAUCGCCGACCUUGCCUUCUUGAUAAAUCUAAUUUAGGAAAUCCCCAUAAUUAUCUCAAAUAUGAAAUUAAAUCUUAGAUUUGAUUUCAAUCACCAAUUAAAGUAAAGGGCUCACAUACAUUGAACCUAGACACUUUCUCUCCCUUCUCAUAUGGCCGGCCCCUCUGGCUCUUCUCUCUCCAAUUUAAUCCUUAACCCCUAAUUAAAUCCCCCAUAAAUCCUUCCUAAGCCGUCGCCCCCUCUAGCCCUAUUUUGGGAUAAUUUUGAGUUUUAAAUUAUUCCCUUCCCUCUCUUUGGAAAUUUGAAAUUAAAUUCCAGAUUUUCUAAAUUAUUUACUUCCACCUCCCUAGCCCAAAGUCCAAGAAUCCUCCACCUAGAAUCCUAGGCGUCCCCCUCCCCCUCUCUACCCAAACCCUCCAAACCGCCAGCUCCACCCCUCCCUUCCUCCUUUACAAGUCGCCGGUCCUCAAGGAUCCCCAAGAGAGGAAUCUCCUUUAUCCAUGGAUGGCCGAUCCUAAAGUAGACCACGGCUUCGCAUACAAUUCUCAAGGGCAGAUAGAUAUUCUUCAGUCGUUGUUCUUCGACCCCGACUGGGAGAUAGAAGACACCGUCGACAAUUACGUAGACCGUAUACUAUUCCACUUAGUUGAGACUAUCGACGAACAGCGUCCCUCCGAACAGUUGCAAAUCGUCGGGCAUUCACCUGCGUCUCCUCCGUUUACCUUCCCGUGGAUCAAGACCGUUGGUGUUCUAUCUCUUUUGGUUGCAUCAUUUGGAUUGCUGAAAUUCUCUUUCCGCUAAAACCUUUCAUAGAGCGUGAGUGAGAGGAAAGUCAAGGUGAAUGUUCUAAAUAUUAACAUGUGGAUUCUUAUUACGACAUAGUUAGUUUUACUGUACUUUUCUGAUAUUAUUUUAGUUGUUUUGUUUUUCUAGCUUGUAAUUGCAUGCGACAUCAACUUUCAACUGAAAAUUCUUAAAGUUAAUUCUUGUGAUACAUUAUCCUUACGGCAAGCUUUACAAUAUUUUAUCAAUUCCUGUUUGUAUCACAUCAUGUUGUCCUCGAGAUGAUAAGCCACGUAUGUUUUUGUUUUCAUUAGGAGCAAUGAAUUGCUCAUUUACAUUUUUAUCUAAUUCAGAUGUGAAUGUGUUGGUUGUUGCAGUCAUCAGAUUCUUUGUUGGGCGGUGAAUUGUCUUGAGCUUUGAGCAACUAGAUUUUGAUGAGGCUUUUGGGUUUAGGGUGUUUAUUGUCUUAUGUUGUUGGGGCUUAAUUUAAAUAUGUGCUCGCUUGGCUGGUUAAACCUUCAUUUGGUAAUGCGCUUGGCUGGCAGCGGAGUGAUUUUUAUACCGUAAAUUUGAACCAAGCCCUGUAGACAGAAAUUUGUUUGACUCAUACAACAGCCAAAUUGUUUCCAAAAAAAUCCACAAUUAAGUUCCUUUAUGGAAGAUCUUUUCUCUUGUUAUAGCCACCAUUUUUUUAUCGGACCUUUACCUAUAAUUGAAGGCUUAUCUUACCAUACGUGUGUUAUCAUUUACAUAAAUAUCCUUAAGAUGAGCGACAUCCUGAAGCUAUACAAAAGUAUUUUUGGUGACCUGUGUUUUUGUCUUUAUUGAGCGACAACCUUAAGAUCGUUUCUCUUGUUGUAGCCACCAUAUUUUCUUCCUCUUUCUGACCAUUGGUUACAAUUUAUGUUAUCCACAUGGUACUGUUUUGCAUAACAAACUCAUUUUUAACAUUUGAUUUAAUAUAAUCUCCCCCUGUUCAUUUCUGGUGAAGAGCCAUAACCAUGCACUCAAGAUCACCAUUGUGUAUCUUAAGUCAACUAGUCAUGCAUGCUCCAAUAUCCGGUUUUUCCUGAUACUGGUUUUAGUCACUUUAUAAUAAAAUUUAAGCACUGAAACCAAUGUUUUCAUGUUGAAAUAUUGGAAUCUUUGUUAUUUGAUCAUAUUAUGGCAGCAGAUCUCAUAUUAAUUCAGUUUUUCCUAAACAUUUAAAGGAAAGAUUUUUAUUGUACUGUUCUGCUUUCCCUUCCUGGUAUGCACUGUACCAAAUCCAUACUGAUAUUACAUAUUGAACGGAUUGCUCUGAGAAAAUGAAAUUCUGCACCAUUCUUAAAUAAUAAAAUGAUUGACCGUGCUUUGUAUACACUAAUGAAAGUGGGUUUUAGAGUACAAGUUAUUUGCAUGAAUUUGAUCCUUGAAGUUCCUUCUUUCAUUGCCAUAUGAUGAUCAUGAUGUCCUCAUCAGAAAUCCUGUUUUUGCUGUUGAUAGUUUAGCAUGUUCGUAUACAGCAAAAAUCUACCUUCAAACACCUCAUAUGGCAUGGGAAUAAUUAGCAUUACUUUUUUUUUUAAUUUACAUAGUUUCUAGUCCGCCAAACAUCACUAUUGUUUUUUAUUGGUAUCAUCAGCAACGAAAGUUCUUUUAUUACUGUUUCUCGUGCUAAAUGAACUGUUAUUGUCUGUAAAGCCACAUGGCCCGUAUGCCAUUGCAUUUUGACAGGCCUUGAAAUUUUCUAAUUCAUCUUGUUAAACGCUUCUGUUUACAAUGUUGUUCAGCCAUACAAGCUUGUAUUGCAGACGAUUGAGAGCUGAUUCAAUUGAAUAACAGCAUCCUGCUGACGGCAUGCUAUGGUUCUUGAUUAUAUGUUUCAGUGAGGAAGUAGAUAGAUUUUUACUUGUUUAAAGACAUAUCAAUAGUUUGUUGUCUGAUGUCUUUCCCUCUACAGAUACUGCUUUCUUUGGCAUGUGGUAGUUCAUAUAUUUGUUGGGUUCCUUUCAUGCCAUGAAAACCAUUAUCAGUUGUAAUUUCGUUGGUUCUUCUCUGAUACUCCUAGAGAGCACUGUUCCUCUCUUUGAGCAUUUUGUUGGUUUAAUAUAGAAAAGUGCAAUAAUAGAACCAUUACCGAGGGAAGUAGACAGUUUAAACUUUUUCUAAUGGAUGAAAAGAUGAAGAGAAGGAUUCCAAAAUGGGACGUGGCAGCAGAACUUCAUGUGGAUACUGUUGGGCAUGAAAGUGCUCUGCUGGAAAAAGUUGAUGAUCCUUGCAUGAAUCUGACAGUAGUGGAUUCCAUGAAUCCUAUCAUAUCUAUGAAUUUAGACGGCUCUGACGUAAAUCAAUCUGCCACUCAGACUGGAGAGGAAGGGAACAACAAUAUUAUACAUUCUGAUGAUAUCUGUGAAAAGACCCAAAUUUCGGGGCAGUUUGAUCUGGAAGAUGAUUGCAAAUAUGGUUUAAAGAAGCAAGAUUGGGAGCCUGCCUCUCAAGACAGAAACAUAGCCGAGCACACUGAGAAUCAGGACAAAUCACAUAAGGCAGUGUAUGAUAUGCCCCUUGAUCCUGAAGAAAGGCAUCAAAGUACUCGCAAUAUGUCCCCAGUUGAUGACCGAAGAAGGCUGCACAGGAAAAGGAGCAGGAGCAGGAGCCUUUCCCGUGACUCAAGGAGCAGGAGCUGGAGUGCGAACCGGGGAAAGAGCCCUUCCUAUGUCUCCAAGCAGGGUUCUGAAAGAUGGACAGAUAAAGGCAGAAUGAGAGGAAUGAACGAAGCAUGUAGAGCUUUUGCAGCUGGCAAUUGUAGAAGGGGCAACGAAUGCAGAUACCUUCAUGAAGAUGGUUGCUUGAGGCAGAUUGACAGGCACCAUGAUACUGGAUUAACUGAUGGAAGGGGAAUUAGACUUGAAAGAGAAAGACAGCUGGUAUAUGGAAGUAAUGAGACUCUUACUGAUACCGAGGAGCGAAACAAAUAUUCUCGAGAUAAACUUUCUGGGAUGCAUGAGGAACACCACGAAGAUGGAUCGGCCGCUAACAUCCAACACCCCAGUUACCGUUCUAAUGAGAGAUGCUUUGAUUUUAUAAGAGGUAGAUGUUUCAGAGGGGAAGCCUGCAGAUAUAUUCAUGAUGAUGCCUCGUCUGAUGGUGGAUGGAGUGUGAAAGAUGAAUUCAGUGGAAGGGUCCAUGAUAGAAGGGGUGAAAGUGCAUCUUUUACUCGUAGGAUACACCAUCAAAGGCUUAGUGAUAUACCCUGCAAGUACUUCUUACAAGGUCAUUGCAUUCAUGGUGAAGGCUGCAAGUUCCUCCACCAGCCUGGGCCACUCAAUAUUCCUUUAGACAGGUCGCUUGAUGGUAGCCAGCAUAGUUUUGUGAGUGCUGGCCCAGCUGGUAAUAGUACAUCAACAAAUGCUUCAGAACAGCAACAUCAAACUGCUCGAUUCAGUUCCACCAAUCCUCAUCGCGAGAAUUUGCGGGGAGUCGGUGAUACUCAGCCCAUUGAUAAGCAAAAAUUUUCAAAGAGAUCCCUAUCUCAGGAUGGUCAUAAAAGACCCCACUCGUCUGAGCAGCAGGCUACUACAUCAGAAGUUUGUGAGGAGCUUUCUGUCAAUAACCCCCUUCCUACAACUUUAAUAGCUUGCCAAAAUGCUGAUAGUAGGGGACAAAACCAAUCUGCUCCUAAGAUUUUGCAUGCGCAAAACCACUUUGCCCCUCCGAUUCCUUCGAAAGGCCAAAUGCUACAAGUUAUGCACUCCCAUUAUCAAAAUGGGAAAAAUCAAUUUGCAGCUCUUGAAAAGCCUCCAGACGCUCAUUCCUUCAACGCCAACAUCCAGAAUCGCUCUGCUAAUCCUUCUUCUCAUCAACUAAAUCCACAGAACCUAGAUUCUAGAGCCCAAGUUCAGAAAAAUAUUUCUAUUCUCUCAAAUAGUGGCAGCAAUUUUAAUCACAAUGGGCAAAUCCAGCAGAAUGGACCACUAAUUCUUGUCUCUCACAGCGGACUCGGCCAACAGGAAAUUGCAGGGGAUUCUCAGAAUGUUCUUCCUCAAAACGUGCAAAACCAGGUGCAGAAUAUCCCUGCAUAUAUUUCAAAUGGGCAGAAUAACCUCAUUGUGGUUCCUCAACCUUCUUUAAACCCACAGAUCCUCAACUCAGAUGAUAAGAAUUGUCAAUUAACAAUGAAGAAACAGCUUCCUCAUGAUACCGAUUCAUCAGAGGUGAAACCCUCUCAGUUCAAUUCUGAUAAUUCAAUUACUCAAAAGGUUGUAACCAUCGAGCAGGCUGCCAAAAUAACAGACCUUUCAGCGUCCUUAGCACAGUUCUUUGGCUCUGCUGCACAAAAUUCACAAUCCUCUGCUGCAAUAACGCCUCAGCCAUUCCUGAACCCUAACUCCCUUGCUUCUUUUGCGACCCCCAUAGCUCCACCACUCCCAACUGAAGUUGAUACUAAACAGAUUGACGAUAAAACAGAAGCUCACGGAACUAAUGGCGAAGCAGAAAAUGGGAAGGACGUGGAUACCAAAAAAAUCAAAGAAGCAAAAGAAAUCAGGUUGUUUAAAUGCGCCCUCGUUGAGUUUGUGAAGGACGCACUGAAGCCUAAAUGGAAAGAAGGUCAGCUUAGCAAAGAAGCUUAUAAAACUAUUGUAAAGAAGGUAGUUGAGAAAGUGUGUGGUUCCUUGCAGGGACCAAAUGUCCCUCAGACGCAAGAAAAAAUUGAUCUUUAUCUUUUAAAUUGUAAAGCCAAGCUUACCAAGCUUGUACAGGCUUACGUGGAAAAGUUUGUCAAUAGCUGAGGCAGCAAGAUAGGAUAAAAUGGCUUUGAAAUAUUGGCUUGGCCCUUUAAGAAAGCUCUCGAUCUUGCGAUGCGCGCAUGGCGAAGGUGAUCUAUGUAGUUCUGUACAAAUAUUUGGGGCCUGGUUUUUGUUAAUAACAACUAUUUCAUAUUUGGUAAGAUGAAGUAGCUUUGCUUAUUCUUAAAAUAUUUGCUAACGAAUUAUCUGCAAUUUCAGUGAUCUUUGAAGUUUCUCUGCUAAGGAAAAAAAAUGGCUGUAUAUCUGUGUUAGUUUUAGUGCAUGGCAGCAUUGUAAUUUAUGGCAAGUGUGUUUGUUAAAUUACGAUUUGCAUGAGGCUUGCAAACUGGUCA